GGUGCUACGAUUUGUCAGAAUAUGUUGCUUUGUAUUUGCCGCUUUUUUAGGCACCGAGAGAGCUAUACUCAAUUUCCGGAAUCUUAGUGACCAAAUGGCUGAUGGUGCGGUCGUUUCUGUCAGUGUCCUACGUGUUCUAUCCGCAGAAAACAUGUAAAUAGUUAUUUAGGAUCGAGUAAGUGAGCCGCCGUGCCAUCAAACGAAACCUGAUAUUCUCGUAAGAUAUUUAAGGGUGCGGUUCAUUGAUGUACGCGAACCACGCAAUCCGUCGGAAAUGUCCUCGAGGUUUGUCUGGUAUUAAGAGAGCACUAUUAAUUUUGACGUUCGACGAGGUUUCUUCACGCAGAAUCGGCACAUAGGGAGCCAAGAGAAUCGUCGCCACGCGGGUAUGACUGCGUUAGAAUGAGAAUCAAAUGAUCUGACAAGACUUCGAGCCAUUUACAACAUUCUGGCUUAGUUAUGGAGGAUAGCAUGAGCGUCAAGUCUAUGGAAUCAGUGGCGACCAGCGACGAGUAUGAAUUCGUAAGCGAAAAAGGAACAAGUAAACAACAACAGACAUUGCCGGAGCCGCCGACAUUAAAAAUUGCCAACAACGGAAAUUUAGAGGAUUUACAAAAUAAUCUUCGCGAGGUACUGACGGAAGAUUCGAAGAUGGAGGCCAGCGAGGUUAAAUUAAUAAGCAGCAGUCAAUCACAUCAAAAAGUAAAGAAAGUUGGUCAGAGUCAGUUUUAUGAAGUGACACCAUUCGCGAUAACUCCAGAAAAGCAGGACGUUAUGAAGCCGGAUGAUUACACGGAGGAAGAAAUGACUGCGAUAUCGGACAUGCAGCAAGAAUGCACUGUAUUUAAUGGCGUAACUUAUCUUGGUGCAGCUGCAAUAAAUGCACCGAAGUCGGAAUGCGAAAUACAGCGGAAUAUGAAUAUCCUAAAUGCUGAACAGACUCAAAAUCUUGGAAUAAAAGUAUCAGUUUCUGUUCCAAGUAGUUCACAGGGCUGCGUGGUGCUCUAUGAUGCCGCUACACAGCAAGCUAUUGCGCAUUAUGAAGUGCAGCGUAUUUUAUUUUAUGCUCGUGGUGAAAAUAACGGACCCUGUGCAGCGUGUUUUGCGUUCACGUGGUCUCACGGUGAUACUUUGGAAUCCGCCAUAUUUCAGUGUCACGUUUUCCGGUGUAAUAUCCCUGAAGCUGUCGGGCAAGUGUCGGCAUGCUUUGCAAAAGCUUUCCAGAGGAUUCCUAGAUCUAUGACAAAUUCUUUGACUGGAAGUGACUUCAACGGUUUUAAUGCCGGUAGCGAGAAAGCCAAUUCACGUGUAUUCAUUUUUGAAGUUUCCAUGGAAAUCAAGGAAGAGGACGGCAAGGGUGGCUUCAGCACUGUUCCCAAGGACAGAAAUUGCUUUAAAUUUCGUUGUAACGUAACAAAGCAGGUGUGUCUAAGUAUUCAGCAAGUGUCCAGUAAGGAAGGUGGUGUCGCUCUUGAGGUAGAAAGAUGCUUUGGCGUUCUUGUCAGCCCAGGAAGAAACGUCAAACACAGUGAUAUGAGAUUGCUGGAAAUGGAAGUAAGUACAGGACCAAUAGCCCAGGAAAAACAGUGCUACAAUAUAUGUGGUCGGUGGGAUCCUGCAGAUCCUGCUUUAGAAAGUCUCAAUUUGGAAACAACGAGAGAGGGGAAAAUAUUUAUGACAGUAGCAGUGGAUUUGGUUAUACGUGGAAUUCGCGAUCCAGUGAGAUUUGUCAUAGAGACGCCCGUUAAGAUAUUCCCACAAAACGAAAGAUUUUGGUACUUCAAUAAGAGAAAUCUUGUGCAACAAUUCUAUCUAAAUUCAAAAGAGAUUAUAUCUGGGGACGGUGCAGAUAUUCAUUAUGAAGUUCAAAGCAUAGAGACAUCUGGCGAGUUAGAUAGGAACAGAUUGAAUCUUGCUUUGAAUUUGGCGUCUCUAAUAAGAUCCCCGUCUCUUACUAGUAUCGACACUCUUACUCCUAAAGAAGAAAUAGAUUCUGAUGGUGAUGAACCUAUGUUGAGCGGAACUGGUGAAGUAUCUAAGGAUUGCUCUGCCGACGAAUUGGCUAGUUGGGCAGAAGUUCUCGACAGUUGGCACGUGAACGAACAGCGUCCAAAGUUACUGACAAAAUUAACUAAACUAGGAAUUCCUGAAGCACUGCGCGGGGAAGUCUGGCAGCGUUUAAGCAAUUGCGACAACUCACUUGAAAUGAUGAAUAAAUAUCGAACUCUAAUUACUAAGGAAAGCAACUGCGAGAGUGUUAUUCUGAGAGACAUCAAUAGGACUUUUCCAGCGCAUGAUUUUUUUAAGGAAACUGGUGGUCUCGGUCAGGAUUCCUUAUAUAGAAUAAGCAAAGCGUAUGCUGUUCACGAUGAAGAGGUCGGAUACUGUCAAGGGCUCAGUUUUUUAGUUGCCAGUCUAUUGCUACACAUGCCAGAGGAACAGUCUUUCUGUGUCCUAGUGAAACUCAUGUAUGAUUAUGGCCUUCGGGAUUUGUACAAAGACCGAUUUGACAAUCUUCAUAUGCGUUUUUACCAAUUAAAUCGAUUAAUGGAGGACCAACUUCCAGAACUCUACAAACAUUUUUGUGAUCGUGGAGUAGAGACGCAUAUGUUCGCCGCACAAUGGUUUCUUACGUUAUUUACUGCCAGAUUUCCUUUAUUUCUGGUAUUCCAUAUUUUAGACGUAUUUCUACUCCAAGGGCUUGAUACGCUAUUCCAAAUUGCUUUGGCAUUGCUAAUGCUAUGUAAGAAGGAACUACUUCAAUUGGAUUUUGAAAGUAUAUUGAAAUAUUUUCGUGUCCACUUACCAAAGCGUUGUCGCAACGAGGAAAUCUCUCGUUACGUGAUGAAGCUUGCCUGUUCAGUUACGCUGAAGAAAUUGAAGAAAUACGAAGCAGAAUUCAUGGCGCUAAAAGAAGCUCAGGAAGAUGCCGACGAGUACAGCAACGAGGUGGAGCAACUUCGUGGCGCGGUCACGAGGAACGAAGAGGAGAAACAACGGCUGGAGGCUGAAUUGAGUCAAGUUAAGGAAAUGCUACAACGUGAAGUAGCUAGUGCAGAUGCUAACAAUCGGCGUAGCGCAGUGAUAAUAGCAGAAUAUAAACAGAUUUGUCAACGCCUGGAGGAUGAUUACAAUGCGGCCAAGAAUACGCUGAGUGACCUCCGAAGUAAGGUAUCAAAAUGUGACAAGUGCAGAAGUUCCAUUACGGAAUCAGCAAGCGUAUUGGCAGAUAUAUCACAUCCACUGGAGAAUCGAAUAGAUCCUAUGUUACACCGAGCCCAGGAGAGGGUACGAGAAUUGGAAUUGGAAUUGGCCCAGACAAAAUUAAUGCACGUGGAAGCUGAGUGUAGAAAUCAGGACUUGACUCAUCAACUCCAUGCGACUGCAUCGGAGCUUCAAGCAGCUCGCAACAGCUGGCCCUGGUUAAGCAAAACGUUAUCCAGUAUAAAAGAGGCUGCUAACAAGAGGGAAGUUAUGGGAGGUAACGUAGUGCGCCGUGACAGUGCACCAGGAGGUGAUAUGCAUCAUCAUGCGAUACAUUCUCAGAGUCGAGACAGUCUUAAGGAAGUGGUGUGAUGCCGUAAUUACUCCUAGAGUAGUACAGGAACAGAGAAAGAGAGAGAGAGAGAGAGAGAGAGCAAAAGAAACACAAAGGUAAACAGAGCAAAAAAAGUAAUAAAAAAAAGAAGAGUAAAUAACCAAGAAUGUUAGAACAAGAGGGUAGUAAUGAAGAAGAUACACUUGGUACCGGACGCUGAGUAUUUUGAGAACAAGAAAUAAAAGAAAACUAUUGCACGUGUGACUUUUCGUGUCUUCUGUGUGUACUCCAAUAUGAGCGUUUGCAGGUGUAUCCAUGAAUGAGUGUGUUGGAAUACUCAGUGGCUGGUAGCGGAAUCGUAUAUAACGAGUACAUGUUUAUAGCUGCAUGUAAUAAUGCCGUCCUGACGUACAAGUAGCAAUAAUGAAGUAAAAAUGACGGCCGAGCACGUGUACGUCAGUUUAGGCAGAGAAAACUUUGGUGAUCGCUUACGACUCAAUCUCAUGGCGAAUAAGAGUCAGAGCGGCUACACUUUAUACGUUCUCUAUUGAUAUUAUUCGAAAGACAUUAUCGUUAGUCACUUUGUUACGUUUUACAAUUAUAUUUCUUUUGUAUCUAAUACGAGACACGCGUAUAUGACUGUAAACUGUAAUUGCACCGUGCGGCUAUAUUUAAGUAUGAUUUAAGAGUCUCGGGGGACAAUGGGAAAAAAGAUACGUUCUCUUUUCUUGUGGAACGAACGUCUUAUUUUUUUUUUUUGUGCACUCUUGGGAGUAUAUUUGAAACUGUUGAGUAAUAUUUCUAGGAUAAAACCUGGAUACUAUUUCUUUUUUCUCAUUUACUUUCCUUCUGGCGGAACUAGUCUGACGACGGUGACGUCGAAUUUAAUAUGGACGUAACGAGCAUGCGUUUGAAUUCCCUUUGUAGGAUAUAAGACAGAUUUAUUUAAUUGUUCUUAUACUUCUUUUUAUCAUAUAUACAUAUAUAUGAUUCUUUUGUAUCUUUUUUUGACACUUCACGAUAGGCCUCUUGCAUUGUAAAUUUGUUUCUUCAUUCCUCUUACGAUACAGUUUUCACGACAAGUCUGUCUUUGUUUUCCAAUCGCUCUCGAUCGUAUGAUAAAGAAAAUUAUUUUGCACGAUUCAUGUGUAAUAAAUAAAUAUUGAUUUGUAACGAUUACACUCUCCCUCACCGUGCUUUAUAUUAUUUCCAAUAAUGCUUUGUUUUGUACAAUGUUUCCUAUCUUUGGGCCGUGUUCGACUAAAUGUUCUCUAUACAACAAUAUUAGAGCCGUGCCAUUCCAAGAAUAAAUCAAACAAUUACACAAUCAAACGUGCCAUUACUUAGUAGGAACAGAUGAUGAAAAUAUUCAAAUGUAAAUUGCAAAAUCUUCAUACGAACCGAAUCGUCGUCCUCCGCGUAUAUUGUUCUUGCAGAGCUUCUCUUUUAUUAGUUCGACCAUUUAUAAAAGUAAGAUUAUCCCACGUGCGUUGAACACUUUUCACCGCUAUAUUUAAAUAAAAAAAAAAUAAAUAUUCCGUUUUUUUGUUUUUGCGAUAGCUACCAUUAUGUAUAAAAUAUAAUAAUGAUAGCACUGUAAUCGAGCCGAUACCAUAGCCAUUAUAAAUAUUCGUAUAUCAAAAAAAAAGAAAAAGAGACAGAGUGUGUGGGCGUAUGAGUAUGUAUGAAUGAAAAUAGAGGAAAGACAGAGAAAGAGGUAAAGGACCAGAAGGGAUGAAGAUAGCAGGAAAAUUGCGUGACUUCAAUAAAUAAACAUGUAAAAUCGAUAUGAUUAAGAAUAAUCAAUAUUGGCAAAAAAGGGAAAACUGUCAACUUUCUGUAUAUAGAGUGAAUAAGAGAUUAAGUGGGAGUUUCAAUGUACACACGAAACGAAGUAAAAUAUAUAAAACUUGAAAUCGAACGGAAAAAGAAAGAAAAAGAGAGGCAAAGGGAAGCUGAUUAGGAGGCUCAUCAAUUAAGGAUGAUUUCCAUGACGUUAAAUAAUAUGCUAAAACUAAUCAAUCGUGUAAAGAUUUAGAAUAACCGCCUGUAAGGAUAAAGAAAAAAAAAAGUAAUUGAGAGGAGGAAAACAAAAACCGGAAGUAAUAACGAAAAAAAUUAAUUGUGACAUUGUACGUCCUGUAAUUUCAUUCCAUUAUUACUGAAAUAAAGAAAAGUACCAAA